ACAAUAUAUCUCCGGUUUACGAAUAUCAAUCACACUGGUUCUAACAUAUGAUGUUAAACCGGGAAACUUCUAAUUCCCGCCGAAAACAAAAAUCGGAGACAAAAGUGGGAGAGAGAGAGAGAGAUCAGAGAUAGCCCAAAGACGAAAGCUUUAGAAAUGGAGGAAGAGCUCAAGAGUUUGAGCAAAAGCUUAGGAGGAUUCUGCAAUCAUCUUCAAAGUAGCUGUGAUGCUUUCGAUCACUCUCUCCAGCGUCGCCCUAUUCCUCUUGAUUCGGCGUCAUCCACGUUCAUCAAGGGUCUCAAUCGUCGAAUCUCUACCGCAGCUUCCGAGCUCAAUUUUCUGGAAUCCAUGUCUUUUGGUACAGUCUCCUUCGAGGAGCUUCUGGGUCACUGUAGUCAGAUCUACAAGAAUAAUCAAGACGAUCUUUUGCAUCUCCAGGACCGGCUCACAGAUUUUGGCUAUGUUCCUGAAAUUGAGAUUGAUGAAGGUAGAGGAGAUAAAGAAUCUGGCUUUGGAGCAUUUGGUCAUGAGGAUUCAAAGCAUUCGAAUGAUGAUUUAAAUUCCUAUUCAUUGCAAUGUUCAAUCAAAAAAGGAUUAGACGAGGACAAUCUUCUAGAUAAUUCACUAAAUUUGAAGAACCUUGGGCUAUCAGAUGCUUGUCUUGCAUAUUUAGCUACAGAAGUGAAUGAUAAUGUAAAGGAUCCUGACACGUCUUUGAAAGAAUCAGUGAAGAGCAAACCAUUUGACACAAGUGCUCUACCUGCUCCAAAGGCGUCAGAGCUUUCCAAUGAAGAUGAGUAUGCAACACUAGAGAUGGAUAGAACUUCAGGGCCUACAUUAACAUUGAUAAAAGAAGAAUAUGAUAGUCUUCCCUCUUUCAUGAAGUCUCUAGCAUCGUGGGAGGAUCUGCUCAGUGCCGUAAAGAAAUUCAACUCGGUCCUUGAUAGCAAGAAAGAAAUAAACGGAUCUUACUACUUCCGAGCAGAUGAGAUUCCGACUCUAGGACUUGGCCAUAAGGAGAAAGCGUAUACGUUACUGCUGACGCGGAUGAAGAGACUUGUGGUUGAGACAAUGGAUGGUGUUAUAUCUUAUAGAGUUGCAUAGUAAUCCAAUAUACAGUAAUGUUUUACGAGAUCUUUGCGUUUUGGAAAUCUUCACAUCCGAACUGUGUUUCUAUUGAUUUGUGUAUGAUUUGUCUUUCUGAACAAA